GCAUUAACAGCCCAGAAGCGAACGCUCGAAAAUAGAUCGGCGAACAGACUCAGUCAGUGGUGUACGCGAAGAGAAUAUUCGGAAAGAAAAUAAUGUUCGCCCGUCGUAUAUUCUGCCAGACCGCGCGGUUCUUGGCUGCCGAAGCCAAACACAAGCACAUUGACGAGAUGGUCAAGAAAGCCAAAGUUGUUGUUUUCAUGAAAGGAAACCCAAAAGAGCCUCAAUGCGGCUUCAGUAACGCCGUUGUCCAAAUAAUGCGCAUGCACGGCGUGCCCUACGAAUCGUAUGACGUCCUGCAGGAUGAAGAGCUCCGGCAACAGAUUAAACAGUUCACAAAUUGGCCCACCAUUCCCCAAGUUUUCAUCAAUGGAGAAUUCGUUGGAGGUUGUGACAUCAUGCUGGAAAUGCACAAGAGCGGCGAUCUCGUCGAGGAACUAGAGAAAGCUGGAAUUCGAUCAGCUCUCCUGGAUGCAGAGCCACCGAACAAAUAGCGCUUUCUUUCGGAGAAAGUUUAUUCUGUAGAAAUGUUCCUUUCAAUCGUUUUGUGAGACACCAAUAAAACAAAGUCGUUGGAUUUCGUAUCCCUGACA